AAGAAUUUACUUGGCAUGGUAGGUCUGGUUUUUAAACAAGGCAUCGAUCCGAAUAGGGCACUUGAAAAGUGCGUUCUAAGUGGAGCGAAUCUUUCAGACGUGGGUAGCUUGUUUCAAUAGAUAAAUCACAUAAAUGAUUUCCAUUUCCAGAUAGACAUGAUGAACGGAUCCACACAAAGUCGGACCAACUCCUGGAGAGAGAAGAACAACAAUGACCCCGAGCAGUCCAGAGCGCAAUGGAGCACACAGUCGUUUACAGCAGAAGACAUUGUCCAGCAGUUUACUCUACCUCAAAUUGUGAAGUGUAAUCAGCAGGCCAUUUUGGUCAAGCGAGAUGUUCCACUACCGAUCAAUCUGGCUCAACCAAUUCUUCUCCACGACAAACGAACUAUUCGAAAGCUUUUGGCCAGGAAUGUUGUUAUGAAUCCUGCAACGCAGCGUUACAGUGAAAAUGACGAAACUGUGGUCAUUCCAGCCGAUUACGACGGUCUUUUUCUGCGUCUGCAGUCCAGAACAGCCAAAGAUCACACAUGCCACAGAAGCAUCGAGUCUUUGGCAAAGUACAAAGUUAGGGCAUUCCUGAACCUCAGUAAAAUGGUGGCUUUCCAACUUUCAAAAAGUCCACAGUCUAACGAACAUCUCCAGAUAAAUUACACACCUGGAAACGUUUUUCUUGUGGAAAAAAUUUUCAUGGGGACCGCUCGCGUGAAAUCGGAAUCAAUCCUUUCUCGAAAGUCAACCCAGCUUCAACAAAUCAAGUACCUGAAAUGUAAAGACGAAAAGGAUGUCGAUGUUCUUAUCCCGAUGUCACAGCCAGGCGAGUUUAUUGAGGCUCUGCCAAGUCCCGUGGGUAAUGGUCGAAUGUCUGUAAAUGCUGAAAAUCUGAUUGCUACGCAGAAGUUUCCCAUUGUUGUCAGAUUUCUUAGCGGUAGAAACAGACCGCGUCUGACGUCAUUCUCGGGUCUUUUCACGUUGUUAGACUCUUUCGAAGAAACGACCCUUUUUGGUUGCAUUCUAGACCCUCAUGGUUUCACGAUGCUGGAACUUCCGGUUUCUUCGCCUUUGACCUUUCAGUUAGCACUCAACACGCACGAUCUGUAUUCGCACCCUGUGGUCAAAAAGGCAUUGCGUCUAUGUGAUGCAAAAGGACAUGCUUAUUUCAGAGAACUGAAGUAUAAGUUUAAGUUUGCGCAAAGAAUUCUUCAAAUUAGUGGAAGGAAAAUUGAACCGGAAGACGAAAAUGAUCCUGGCGAUCCACCCAGUGCUGCAAAUUCUGCCAAGUUUGGAGUGACAACCACUUACAUUUACUUGUAAAAUCUACAUGUUUAUCUUUUCACGAAUCUGGCUUCAUGGAUAUGGUAAUAUGUUGUAAGUUAAUGUAAAAAUAUAUAUAUGUAUUUAUGUCUAAAUUGGUUCCGACCAAAUUUAUAACAUUGUUUAUAUAUAUUUAAAAUUGAUACUAUAUUAUAUAUUUUGUGCAAUAAUAUUCAUGCUGAUUUAGUACUGUUUAUGUGUGUAUAUAAUAUAAAUAGUAUGUAAAUUUUAUGAAUGGACUUAAGAGCAAAAUGAGUUGAUAUCUCACAUCAGUAUUGGCUUCUAUAUAUAGAUAUACAGGGUAACUUUUUUUCAACCACGACAUGCUGUAAAUGACAUUUGUUGUGCAAAAAUCGUAUUUCAUUAAACAUAUUUUGAGAGAGUUUA